ACCAUUCAUGCUUGCAAUGCCUUGCCGCAAGCGUUGUGCAAAUCGCUUGCUCACUUUCAGUAGCUGCUCGUUCAUCGCUUAGUAGCCUGCUGGACCCUGACCGUAACUAGGAGCACUGAUCCCAUCACAAUUCUAGGGGGUAGCUCAACGUUACAAUGCUUGAGUCUUUAAAGCGAGCCUUCAAGGAGGCCACCAAUGUGGCCUCGCAGCAUGCAACCAACGGCGGUGGUGGCGGGGGAAACGGAGACGGUCCUGCCGCGGCAGCUUCCGGCAACCUCCAUGGCUCCGAAGUCGCACAAAGCCCCGGCUCCGGAGCCGCUUCCGAUGCUGCAACCCAUUCCAGCAACGGCGCCUCAGUACGCGUUCCGGCGCUGAACCCGCCCGCUGUGUGCGCCGACAGCCGGCAGACCCGCAUCAGCGUGUGUGGGCUGGAGCUGGAGGGUGUCAGCAUCGCGGGUCAGGAGACCUGCAUCAUCGUGCCGCGCGCCAAGGUUGCCUUCGACAUCGGCCGCUGUCCGCAGCGCGCCUGCUUCCAGCAGACGGUGCUGCUCAGCCACACGCACCUGGACCACGUGGGGGGCCUGCCCUUCCACGUGUGCACUCGCAACAUGCACGGCCUGCCACCCAGCCGCGUCGUGGUGCCGGAGGGCUUCUCGGCGGGUGUGCGGCGGCUGGUGGAUGUGGCGGCGGAGCUGCAGGGCAUGCAGCCGCUGGGCUUUGAGGUGCAGGAGCUGCAGGCGGAUGGAGAGCUGCUGCUGCCGAGCGGCUACCUGUGCAGGGCCUUCCCCACCACCCACACCCUCCCCUCCCAGGGUUACGUGCUGUACAGCCAGCGCCGCAAGCUGCGACCCGAGCUGCAGGGCCUGACGCAGGAGGAGGUGCGGCAGCGGCGGCGGGCGGGGGAGGAGGUGACGGUGACGGUGCAGGUCCCCGAGAUCGCAUUUACCGGCGACACCACCGCUGCCUUUCUGGAUGGCACCAUGACACAACAACAAGAACAAGAACAACAACAACAACAACAAUACGGGCAAGAAGCAGCAGCAGCAGCUGCUGAGUCUGGUCCGGCAACUGCAGUGGGGAAAGGAGAAGCCGACGCGCGAGGGGAAGGUGGAGAACAAGGAGGAGAGGAAGGCACCGCUGCUGCUGCUCCUGCCGAUGGAGGUGUUGACAAUACCGACUCAGGCCGUCUCAAGAGUGGAAGUAGUUGCAGUAGCUGCAACGGAAACGCGGUGCUGGCGGAUGCGUUGCGGGCCCGAGUGCUUAUCAUGGAGCUCACCUUUCUGGACGAUGUGUGUGUGGAUGAGGCGCGGGGGAAGGGCCACAUGCACAUAGCUGACUUUGUGGCGGCAGCGCACAGGUUUCAGAACGAGGCCAUCCUGCUGACCCACUUCAGCCCUCGCUACAACCGCUCCCACAUCCUGGAGGCCCUCAACACGCUGCUGCCGCCCGCGCUGAGGGCCAAGUGCGUGCCGUUGCUCAACGGCAUUGAGUAGGAGUGCCGUGUGGGGUGGGGGUGGUGUAAGGGUUGAUGGACACCGUCAGCGGGGAGAAGAGGAGAUGGAUACCGUCAGCGGGGAGAAGUGGAG